AUGGACAGCGAUGACCUCGCCCUUCCCACUCCUGUCAAUUUCCCAGCAUUUCCUUAUGACCCACCUUAUUCGAUACAAAUAGACUUGAUGAGUCACGUCUAUACGUCAAUUGAGAAAAGGCAGGUCACCAUCGUGGAGAGUCCUACGGGCACCGGUAAGACGCUAAGUUUGCUGUGCUCGAGUCUGUCGUGGCUUGUGGACGAGAAAGACCGCGCGCGUAAAGGCCAGCUAUCGCAACAGUCCCUCUCGAGUGCCGCACCAUCAUGGGUGGCAGCUCAGGCUCUCGAUAUUCGGAAGCGUGAGCUAGAGGCAGAGGAUAAAGAAUACGAGGAACGCCUUGCCAAAGCUCGGAAGACCGAGGCUCAUUUCCGUAUACUGGCUCGGGCCCGGGUUACCAAAAAGCAACGCGUCGCAGUCGAUCUUGUUCAAGGCCAUGUUGACGAAGACGCAUACCUUCCGGAUGACGACUGCGAAAACAACCAAGAUAACUUCUCCCCCGCUGUUCGCGCUCUAAUGGCAAAGUCAGGAGUGGACAAGAAUAACAAACGUGAUACAGCCUCUCAAGGAGACGAGCCGUCUUGCACGAAAAUCUACUAUGCGUCUCGCACACAUUCCCAACUUUCACAGGUCCUACCUGAAUUGACCAAGCUCAAGUUCAAACACCUCGCCUUGGGCGGUGCUAUUCCAGAUGAGAGCACAAUGAGAAACAUGUCUCGAGUUGAUCGCGAUCCUUGCCAAAAGAAACGGCCCUUCGGGGACGUAGAUGGUGAUAAGUGCGAAGUUGAUCAGCGUCAGUGGCGGACCGUAUCACUUGGGUCUCGCAAACAGCUGUGUAUCAAUGAGGACGCAAGGUCAAGACCGGGAGAUAUAGACGAGAAAUGUCGAGAAUUACUGGAAGGGAAGAAAAAUACACGCUGUCAGUAUUUACCUCCGGUGGGUGACGACAGCCGCAUGCUUGACCUGCGAGAUCAGAUUCUGGCAUCGCCGAAAGAUAUAGAAGACCUUGCCACUUCUGGGAAGAAUAUACAGACUUGCCCUUAUUACGGAUCUAGACGAGCGAUUCCACAGGCAGAGCUUAUUACUCUACCUUAUAACCUGUUGUUGCAGAAGACGGCCCGAGAUACUCUGGGGAUCGACUUGACUAACCAGGUGGUCAUCAUCGAUGAAGCGCAUAACUUGAUACCAACUCUACUGUCCCUUUCGAGUGUCCGCCUCACAUCCAGUAUUCUAUCGACUUCGUUGAAACAGGUCUCAGUGUAUUACCAAAAAUUUCGCAACCGGCUAUCUGCAAUGCAUGCAUUGCAUCUGAAGAGGCUUCUCAAUUUCCUGGAUGCAUUCCAGAGAGUCGCAGUGGAUUGGAUGGCACAGAAAUUGAGCGCCAAAUCCAACAGGCAAGAUACUGAAGUCAUGACUGUGCCAGAUUUCAUCCACAGGCUCGGGAGAAAGGUCGAGGGUAUUAAUCUCCUCGAAAUUGAAUCGUAUCUUAAGCGCAGCAAAAUAGCACGGAAGAUAUCUCGUUAUGCUGUCGAUGUUUCUGAAGGGGAGAAACCUGAGAGACGUUCAUCGGGUGUGGCUACUCCGCCACUGCAUACGAUUGAAGCACUGAUGUUGGGACUAGCGGGCGCAAGUGAAGAUGGGAGACUAAUCUUCUCUACUGUCGGUGAUGCUGUCGAGAUUAAAUACCAGCUGCUGAAUCCAUCGGCAUUGUUCCGCGAUGUCGUGGAGUUGGCGCGUUCAGUGGUACUUGCUGGUGGAACCAUGUCGCCGAUUUCUGCAGUAGUGUCUGAACUUUUCACAUACUUGCCUCCAAACAGGCUGACAACUUUCUCUUGUGGUCAUAUCAUUCCGGCAUCUAAUGUGCAGACAUUGUUGCUUACGGAAGGGCCUUCAGGCUUGGACCUGGAGUUCAAGUUCGCGCAGCAGAGUAAUCCGCAGGUCGUGUCCGAGUUAGGUCAAAUCGUAUUGAACUUCUGCAACGUCGUGCCUGGAGGAAUAGUUAUCUUCUUCCCUUCCUAUGCAUCGUUGAAUUUUGCAAGAGAAGCUUGGAGUCAGAGUGGAUUACUGGACAAAUUCAACGUGAAGAAAAAAGUCUUCUUGGAGCCCCAGGAGAGUUCAGGGGUUGAGAUGAUCCUGCGGGAAUAUGCUACAGCUGCCAAAACACAUAUGCCGCUAGAUAAGAAGACUGGCGCGGUACUAUUUGCAGUUGUCGGUGCCAAGCUUUCAGAAGGGCUGAAUUUUUCAGAUGAUCUCGCCCGUGCUGUUGUUGUAAUUGGGUUGCCCUUUGCCAACAAAAAUUCCCCAGAACUACAGGAACGUAUGCGAUACGCGAAUCAAGCAGAGGUACGAUCCGGUAUAAGGAGGCCUGUUGGUGUCAAAGACGCAGCGACCGAAAUGUAUGAGAACAUGUGCAUGAGCGCAGUCAAUCAGAGUAUAGGCCGAGCCAUCCGACACCGUGGGGAUUGGGCUUCUCUGGUACUUAUUGAUCGACGAUUCACAUUGCCUGCGAUUCGCGGGAAACUACCGCAAUGGCUAAGAGAUGAUGUGGCAGUCUGUGAAACUUUUGGCCAGGCGAUGAAGCAUUUAGGAAAUUUCUAUCGAGAGAAGAGACAACGCACAGUGUGCUGA